CAUUUGUUGAUAGCUUAUCACCAAACUUCUGUAUAUUGUAAUAUUUUGUGAAUUUUUUGGUCAGCACAAUAAAGAAGCACAAUAAUUUAAUUGUGAUUGAAAUAAAACAAGUUUUCAAAAAUGAUAUCUGAACCUCUAGAUGUUAGGUAAAUAUUAUUAUUGUCUUAUUAUUAUUUUAUUCUCAGUUAUUUUUAAUAUUAUUGGUAUUUUAGUUUUGUUAUUGAAGAAUUAGAGAACGAGGAAAUCCAAGAAGGAAGUUUAACAGAUGCAAAGUACAUUAAAUUGUUUUCUGCCUACAUAUAUACUAAUGAAUUGUGUGCUGCCAAAUUUUUGUGGCGUCGUAUACCAGAAUCCAUAAAAACCAAUCCAGAUCUACAAAAAAUUUGGUCCAUUGGUAAUGCACUCUGGACAAAACACUAUACACAAGCAUUUGCAUUGAUUGAUUGCCAAUGGUCUGAUGUACUUGAACCUAUCAUGGUUGCAAUAAAGCGCCGCAUUCAACAGGAUACGUUGAAAUUGAUUAGCAUGCAUUAUGAAAAUAUACAAUUGGAUAAAUUUCAAACACUAAUGGGAGUAGACAAAGAACAAGCUGAAAGGAUUAUUGAGAGUGAGGGUUGGACUUGUACAGAUGGAUAUGUAGUUCCAAUAGCAAUCAAUGAACCGGAAAUAGGAUUAAGUGGUAGUCAAGAAAUUCUGGACAGAUUGGUAACUUUAUCAUCAUUCACAUCUUACAUUGAAAAUUAAACAAGCCUAUUGUGUUAUGAGUAAAUUUAAGGCUGAAUACGUCAACUAAAAUAACUUGAUAUAAGAUUAAUUUAAGCUAACAAUUUUUAUUUUAUUCAUAAAAUUGUAAUUAUUAAAUAUGUAAGGGCAAAAUAAAAUAUUCAACAUUUAAAAAAAAAAAAAACCUAUUUGAUAAUUAGUAUUAUGAGUUCAGAGUUAUGCAUAUUACUAAGUAGUACUGAUUAAUAAAAGAACACAUGUAUUGUACAAUUCUUGGUAUUUUUAUCGGCACUGUAUUAGUUGUGCAUUAUUUGCUAGAGAAGUUUUAAUCUUAAAAAUAUCUAAAGGUAAUCAGAAAAUUUAAUAAAAAAAUAUAUAUAUUUAUCUACCUAUUCAAGAAAAUACAGGGAUAUCCCAGGAUUUGUCUAGAACUUAAUAUUUGAUUAUUUUCAAAUCUGAUUUUCUUAGAGGGGGACAUCAAUUUAGAAAAAAUUUAAUUAAUAUUACAAAUCAUUUUCAAUUGUAGAUUUUUGUAAA